CUACGCAAAUGGGAAAGGUCACAAAGUGCAUUUUCGAGAUGACAGCAUGGGAAGCAGCUCAGGAUAUGAGUCUUUGCAUAGUUAUCCCGUGGGAAGAAUUCAUCCGAAAGCAGUCCCUGAGCAGCAGGUACACACUCUUCAUGCCCAUCCUCACAAUACAAUGAAAAGCAGAAAGAUAGAUACAAAGAAGCUGCCUGAAGACAGAGGUAAAGGAAGAACGUUAGACGUUCGACCAAGCGUUCCACAAGUUUCCGGGGUCAGGGAUGUUAAAGUAGUUGGUUUGCAUAAUGACAGAGUAAAGAGAUAUUAG